GGCCGCCCCUCCACCCGCAAGAUGUGGCACAACGUGGGGCUGACCCUGCUGGUGUUCGUGGCCACGCUGCUGAUCGUCCUGCUGCUGAUGGUGUGCGGUUGGUAUUUUGUGUGGCAUCUUUUUCUAUCGAAAUUCAAGUUUCUGCGGGAACUGGUGGGAGACACAGGAUCCCAGGAGGGAGAUCAUGAACCUUCAGGGUCUGAAACCGAAGAGGACACUUCCUCAUCGCCACACAGGAUCAGAUCUGCUCGCCACAGGAGGGUGCCUGCUGAGGAAGGCCACUGACCCCCACCGUCAUCCUGUGGGAGUGGCUGAUGAAAGGCAGCGAUCCUCGGUCUUCGCAGUUGCUAAAAUAUUGAAGAGCAUUUGUACUUGGACUUCAAGUCCAAUUCAAAAAAAGAUUUACAUGUAAGCCAUAUGAACAUAAAGGGAAUUUAAACCAAAUUGGACCAUUACAAAUUUUAUGUUAAAGAUAAUCUUUUGCUUUACUAGCUUUUACUUAUAUACUUAUUCCUUGGCUCUUGGGCUUAUUGUUUUUGCACUAUUGUGAAUCUGUUAAACAUUACAGGCUUGAACACUGUAUUUUAUUAGUUCUAUAAUGUACUCCCCCUGCCACAUUUUAACUUUUCUGAACUUGGGAUACAUCUCACUAUUCCUGUCAACCAGGCAAUAGUUGAUGUAAUUAUCCUAGCCUGUGUGUGUGUGUGUGUGUGAGUUCACAGGUUGUCAUAGUGUCAUCACUGUGUCAUUGCUAUCAAAUGUGUCAGAUUUAAUUGGUACUUAAAAAUGUCUUCUAAAAGAUUUCACUAUGAUUCAGCACUGAAAUGAAGUUGUGUAUGCAGACAAGCAUGGAAGCAGAGCAGUGGGGCAUACAUUUGAUAGUAGCGAAGCAAAUAUCCGUCGCUAGAGGAAUGACUGCAAUUCCAUAUUUUCUUGUAAAGCAACAACAAAAUGCUUUAUAGGCCCUAAGAAGGGAAGACACCCACAAGUAAAGUUGUACGACAUUCUGUCACUGAGACACAUGCAGAAGGAUUGCCUGUCACACGCUGAGUGCUUCAGUGAAGGUGGGAGAAAUUGCCAAAACCUUGGAAUCGAUGAAACACAACUCAAAGCAGCGAGAGGCUGGUUCGAUCGAUUCCUGUCAGACAGGACCAUUGUCAUUAAGGUGUCAAACAUGUUUGUCCAAAGCUUCCAGCUGUCAUUAAGCAGAAGACAGUGGUAGAGCCUCUUUUCCAGAAAUGCUUUUGAUGACGCCAAGGGGGCCGUUGUGAGGAGAAGGCAGGUUUCAGUGACUGAUGUAAGAAGUGAUUCAGAAAAGUUGCACUCAGAGUAUGAAGUUAUAGUAUAACUUAACCAGUUUAUUUCAUAACACUUACAUAUGCACAAGGCUGUGAUAAAAGUCUGUUUAAUUCUAAAAGUUCUGUUUCAGUAAAUAUAAAAUAAACAUUCUACGUGAUAUGAAAGCAUUGUGUCAUAAUUUGAUGGCCUGUGUUUUUUCCUUAGUGAUAAAUGUGGUGCAUCUGACAAGUGAUGGUAUCUUAGCUUAAAUAAGAAAUAGUUUGUACAUUUAUUUUUUUCUAGGAUAGCAAUUAUUACUAACUUAAUUCUAACUCUUAUAAUGUUAAAAUAGUUAUCCUCUAUAAGACAUUUUUUUGGCAACCUAUUCAAGACUUCAGUAGCUUUGGAAUCUGAGAACUGUCUUCUACUUUAGGGAGGUAGGAUUAGUCACUCCCUUUGUAUGGAAGGACUUCAUGCUCAAGGCAUGUGUUGUGGAGAAAACACUUCUUCACAAAUAGCAAUUGAGUGGCAAUAUCUCAGAGACAGGAUUGAGGGAAAGUGGAGAGUGGGUGGAAAUGCCUGCUUCACUGUAAACUGACUUGCCAGGUCUGCAUGUUUGUCCUCAUUGAACUUUGGACUGAGGGUUUACUGGGGAAGAGAUACAGAUUAAAGAACAUUUCUGUUUACUGUUACCUGCUUUGUACAAGAGUGAAUUGUAAAGCCAACUUAUUUUACUAAUUCAAGUUAUUUUUAUAUGUUUAACCUUCAUUUCUAAAGAACUAGUCACCACUAUUUUAUGAUGGUGUGUAAUUAUGUUUGGUACCUCAUACUUCAUGCUGACAGUUUUGUUAAUUAACAGUUCACUUGCUCUGACCCAAGUGAUAUUCCUGGUGCACACUUCUGUUGUCAUUGUAGCCUUUUGUAUAUAUGGAAAGGGAAAGAUCCCUAGCAGCUGAGAGUGGGGCAUAAUCUUUCUAUUUUCAUUUCCUUAUUGGAUGCCGUUUUCUAUUUUUAUGUGACUGUAGGGAUUAAAAACAAUGACACAAGUUUCAUGCAUUAAUUUUAGUGCUUCCUACUAGCUAAAUGUUGCAUUAAAAUGAUAAUCAGUUAGGGAAAAAAAAAGCCUAAAAAUCUUCUUGGUACUGGGAGGAUUCAAUUAGAUCUUUCAUAGUCUAGUAUUUUGAACUGUGGAUUCUGCUUUAUAGUGGACUAGAGCCUUGGUGCAUGGAUUCGUGCACUGGUGGGGUCCCUCGGCCUGGCCUGCGGGGAUCAGUGGACUUCUGCGCCGCUGCAGCCCUGCCUCACCUGCCAGCUCGUCAGGCUCCAGCUUGCUGUCUGUAUCGAUCCUGCACAGCAUGAAGUAGUGUGAGAAGCGGCAGGCGGCAGGGGAGGAGCCUGAGCCCGGGCUGGGCGCUGCGCCGCUCUGGCUCAUCCCGGCCCUGCUGAGCCCACCACUGUGGCCACACUUGGGCAUGCAGGGGGAGUGUCCACAGGAGAGGCUCACGCCACCACAGCUGCACUCACCAGCUGUGAGCCCAGCGGCUGGCGC